GGCGUGUCAAUUGGUCCAGGGAGUCGCCGUUGUGGCUCCCAUUCGAAGGCGACGGCGGUCGUCUGUAUUUCUGCUCUAAUCUAAUCUGAAAAGCUAAAUUUUGCCAAGCAGACAGUGAAUUUGAUUCACUUUCAUGUUCGGUUUGUUCCCAAUUCUUCUCAGUCGAGCUCUCGGCGGGGCUCCGGAAUGACGGCGUGUGCGGAGAAUUUCAAUUAGCUCGCAGUUAGUUUGAAGAAAGAGUGAGUUGGGGUAGAGACGUAGAGAGAAGCCAUUUUGUCCCGACUGUGUGGGAGAAAAGAAAGAGUGGAAAAAAAAGGAAUCACACGGGAGGAGAUACCAUUUUUUUUUUUGCUUCUUGUUCCCAUGUUGUAAGAGAGGAUUCGGUUUGGGAUAUUUAAACUUCUUGGACACGUCGUUGGGUCCUUUAUUUGGGUGACAUUUAGGCUACUACUAGCUCGCCAAAGCUAAUCAACAAAUCCCAGAUUGUUAACUGUUAACAGCCAGGACGGCUGGAGCGGGUUAGUCAAGUUGGCCACGGAGCUGGAUUUAGACUUCACGUAGCCGUGCUAGUUUGUCGUUUGUUUCUUUUUCUGGGUGAACACAUACUGUUUUUUCCCAAUGGCGAAAAAGACGUACGAUUUGCUGUUCAAGCUGCUGCUGAUCGGCGACUCGGGUGUGGGGAAGACAUGUGUGCUGUUCCGCUUCUCUGACGACGCCUUCAACACAACCUUUAUCUCUACCAUAGGAAUAGACUUCAAGAUUAAAACUGUUGAAUUACAAGGAAAGAAGAUCAAACUACAGAUCUGGGACACAGCAGGCCAGGAACGGUUUCACACCAUCACCACCUCGUACUACAGAGGAGCUAUGGGCAUCAUGCUGGUCUACGACAUCACUAACGCCAAGAGCUUUGAAAACAUCAGCAAAUGGCUGCGCAACAUUGACGAGCAUGCAAAUGAAGAUGUUGAGAGAAUGCUGCUAGGCAACAAGUGUGACAUGGAGGACAAGAGGGUUGUACCAAAAGCCAAGGGAGAGCAGAUUGCAAGGGAGCAUGGCAUUAGGUUUUUUGAGACGAGUGCUAAGGCCAACAUCAACAUCGAGAAGGCUUUCCUCACGUUAGCAGAAGACAUCCUCAGAAAGACGCCUGUAAAAGAGCCCAACAGUGAAAAUGUGGACAUCAGCAGUGGAGGUGGAGUCACAGGCUGGAAGAGCAAGUGCUGCAGCUGAACAACUUCUCAGUUUCACCGACACUAACUCACACCAACACACACACACACACACACACAAACACACAACCUCUCUUUAACUGCUAACUCUAACUGUCUCGCCCUCUAACCUGUCUCAUGAGUUUUCUCUUACACUGACACUUUGUCUCUUUAUCAGAAUAAAACAAUAAACCACUUCACUCGUCUACCCCCCUCCUCCAUUCUUCUCCACAUCAUAUUCUUCCUCCAUGCAUCUGAUGAUCAUUUUUAUUUCUGAUAAAAGGAGAAAUCCAGUCACGUUUCUUGUCAUUUGUUUUAGUUAAAGUUAUUCAUUAAAAAAAAAAGACAAUAUUUUUAAUAUUUUGCCUGAGCUCACUCGGUUGGACCCUCCCACACACCGCCCACCCACAGCUCUCACUUUCAGAGGAACUCAAAGUAUACAGAAAAUCAGACCAAAAAAAAAAAAACUAUAGGAAUAACAUUUUGUACACUUAGUGGGCUUUCUGUCAUCUUACACAUUUGUUCAUUUACACUUUGUUACCAAGCGACAGAGGCGUGGCUAGCUCCUUUUGUAUGUGGGGGUUUAUUUUGUCCUGUGCCUUAUAUGGAAGACAGGGGCGGGGCUGUGGGGUGGGUGGUGCCACAUCUACCCAAUUAAAUUACUUUUCAAUAAUCUGUCAGUUCACUCUCCUUAUGAAGAAGUGGAACUGAAGCGUUUGAAUUUCUUCUUCAGCCACGAGAACAGCAUUAUAAAGUAUGUCCUGUUCAUUGAUGUUUUAUUUUUAUCUGUAUGGAUUAUUUUACUUUAUAUUUGAGUUAUUUUUCCCUAUUUGUUUUUAUUUUAUAAUUAUUUUUUUUUGCAUGCAGGUUUCUUUGGGUUGGAGACGUUUCUGUAACAUUAUGUAACGUUUGCCUCUGGUUGACUGUGGGCGGGAGGUACACCAGUUCUCUUUGGAAAUACAAACCGUUUUGCAGAUCCAUUAAAAAAUAAGCUUGUUAAAUUAA